AUGUCGUCUUCAGCUCAGGCAGAUCUCUCCCCCGAUCCUCCAAUCCCCUCUUCCUCCACCUCGAGAUCAGGAUCUCACACGCCCACGCAAAAAACACCUAACACCUACCAAUCCGCCGCCUCCUACUUCUCCUACCCAGUCAGCCACGUUGUCUCGGGUCUCUACCGUCGCAUAACUGAGCCAGACAUAUCCAACGACAUGCCAUCCGCACUCCCAUGGUCGAGGUCGUCCUCCUCAUCGGAGGUCUUCACGCCCCGCCGAACAGCCUCACCCUUCCAGCCUCCACCACUCACACCCCUCACCCUGAGCAUCCCAAAAGGUGACGACCUCCUUCAGCAACAGCUUCUAACCCGCGCGCUCGCGGAAGAAAUCCGCCUCCUCGUCCCCCCACGUCUCCAACUAGCCGAGACCUGGCGUCUGGCCUACAGCCUCGACCGCGACGGCGCCUCCCUCUCUACCCUCUACGAGAACUGUGCCGAGUUCUCGCACCGCAGCCCGCGGGCGGGCUACGUCCUCGUAAUUCGCGACUCCUCUCCUUCAAGCUCCGUCUUCGGCGCCUACAUGACCGACGCGCCACACCCAAACUCGCAAUUCUUCGGCACGGGAGAGUGCUUCCUCUGGCGCUCAAGCGUGCUCCCGCCCCCGGCGAGCUUCCCUCUCGCUCUACCGGGCGAAGGCCCCCAAUCCGAGGAGGCGCUUGAGCGUGUUGGUCUUCCGCCUCCGCCUUCUGCGGAUACUACUAAUGCUGGCCGCUGGAGUACGCUGCGUAAUGACCCCCAGGCGAAAUUGAAGAAUGCUCGUUCGGAAUCGCCUUCUCACAAUCUUAAUGUCAAUCUUAAAACCAAUCUCGCUGCUGCUAGUGGGGGUGUCCUUGCGCCUCCAUCGCCUUCUUCUAUUCCUUCGCGCAGUGGUGCUAGCACCCCUGAGCGCAUUCGCUUCAAGGCAUUCCCCUACAGUGGCGUUAAUGACUAUAUGAUGUUCUGUGAAACUGGAUUUCUCAGUCUGGGAGGAGGUGACGGUCACUACGGAUUGUGGGUUGACCAAAGCCUCGAAAAAGGCGUCAGCGCUUCCUGCCAGACCUUUGGCAACGAGCCUCUCUCUGACGAGGGUGUUAAGUUUGAUAUUCUCGGUGUUGAAGUGUGGUACGUCGGCUCGUAA